CAGCAUCCUCUUCCUGCAGAGGCAUCAUCUACCAACAGUGCUUUAGCUGCAGCAAUUCAACUGACAUUUCUUUUUACAUUCUGAUAUGGAAGACUCCCGUGAUGACAGCUCCUGCCGUCUCAACUUUUAACUAUAUAUUUUCCAGUUUGAUAAGCAAUAAGCUUGUGGGGACAGUGGAACAGAACAAGGAAAUGGAAUAUUCUCUGGAAUUGUUUUUGUUCAUUUUUAUGUGUCUAGAAGAAACAAUACACAUCUGAAAGAGGCAUAGAUUCCUAUAGCAACUGCAAUUAUUCAUCUAAAGUUACCUAAUUUAAUUCUAAAUUCUGACAUGAGUUGAGCUGUGAGAAUUUUUCCUUCAGAGCUGUUCAUCAAUAUUAAUGGCCACUAGCAUGGAUCUUAAGUGUGCUUUGGAAGAAUGUUCAAUGGCACUGAAUUUAUUUCUAAACAACAAAUUCUCAGAAGCUCUGGAAUUGCUGCGUCCAUGGUCUAAAGGCAGUAUGUACCACGCACUGGGAUAUAGCACUAUUUUAGUCAUGCAGGCUGCGAUGACAUUUGAGCAACAGGAUAUCCAAAUGGGGAUUGCUACUAUGAAAGAGGCAUUACAGACUUGCCAAAAAUUCAGGAAAAGAAACACAGUGGUAGAAUCACUGUCCAGCUUAGUUUCGAAGCAGACUGUCGAUCAGCUGAGUGAAGAGGAAAUGCAUGCAGAAAUCUGUUAUGCUGAAUGUUUACUACAAAAAGCAGCACUGACGUUUGUACAGGAUGAAAAUAUGAUCAACUUCAUCAAAGGGGGCCUGAAAAUCAGGACGAGUUACCAGAUUUACAAAGAAUGUCAUCAAGUCCUCCAGAUGACCCAAGACAACAAAAGCAGAAAUGAAAUCUACCACCAGUUUGAAGGAGGUGUGCAACUAGGAAUAGGAGCAUUCAAUUUGAUGCUGUCUCUUUUACCAGGAAGAAUCCUUCGGCUUUUAGAAUUCAUUGGAUUUUCAGGCAAUAGGGAACUAGGCCUCCAACAGUUGCGGGAAGGAGCUUCUGGUGCCACUCUGCGGGCCAUUUUGUGUACUUUCACCUUGCUGCUCUACCACACUUAUGUUUCAUUAAUCCUUGGGACAGGAGAAGCCAAUCUUAUAGAAGCAGAAACCCUUCUACAGCCUUACCUUGAGAAGUUUCCAAAGGGUGCCAUCAUUCUGUUUUAUGAUGCCAGAAUAGACAUAUUGAAAGGAAAUUUUGAAAAGGCUCAGGUCACAUUCCAGGAAUGCAUUAAAGCACAGCAGGAGUGGAGGCAGAUCCAUCACCUUUGCUACUGGGAGUUGAUGUGGUGCUACUCCUUCCAACAGGACUGGCUUCAAGCAUAUCGGUAUGCAGAUCUGCUUUGCAAAGAAAGCAGGUGGUCAAAGGCAAUAUAUGUAUUCCAGAAAGCUGCCAUUUUGUGCAUGCUUCCAGAUUCCGAUGUGAAAACAACAGGAGAAGACAUUGUUGCCUUGUUUAGGCAAGUAGAAAGUCUAAAGCAAAGAAUCGCAGGGAAAUCUAUUCCAACAGAAAAGUUUGCUGUGAGGAAAGCACGGCGUUAUGGGGGCGCUCAGCCAGUGAAGCUAAUAGUUCCCGCUCUGGAAAUGAUGUAUGUUUGGAAUGGCUUUUCAAUUGUUGGCAAGAGGACUGAUCUCACAGAAAAUUUAUUAGUAACAAUUGAAAAAGAAGAAACCACUUUAAAAAAUGAAACUAAUCACAACGAAUACUUCAUGGAUGACACCUGUCUACUACAACUGCUAAAAGGGCUGUGUUUGAAACAUUUAGGAAGAUUCUUGCAAGCCGAGCUCUGCUUCAAUCAAGUUAUACAAAGUGAGAAGCAGCUGAAGUAUGAUAAUUAUCUAGUUCCAUAUUCAAUGUAUGAGUUGGGUCUUCUAUACAAACAACAGGAUGAGAGAGAAAAAGCAAUAAGAUGUAUAGAAGCUGCAAAAAACAAUUAUAAGGAAUACUCUAUGGAGUCCAGGUUACACUUCAGAAUUCAUGCAGCACUUAACAGUAUGAAAGUGACUCCUGCUCCAACGCCUUGAUGUUAUCCAAGGGUGAAGUGUCUGCACAUUUUUCUUGGAAAGCUCACAAAAAUCAUGUAAAUGAUGUAACAAAAAAGAUGUAGUUUAUAUUUUCUAUCAUUUGUGAUAUUUAAAUGGUAGCCAUCCUUUUGAGCAAUUUUUUUUCCUAUGGUGCAUUCCAUGUCUGCUUGACAUUUUAGAAGAAGACCUUAUAUUUUGUUUAUAAGAGGAAUAAUUUCAUGAUUGACACGAAAGAGAAGUAUUUUAAAAAAAUUGCUGGUGCAAUAAAGAGUAACUCAAACGCUUUAUUUUUUUAUGAGAAGACUAAUAUUGUUUAUGCAGGAAACUGUGUGUUGACUCUACUCACAGUUUCACCAUUAAAUGAAAGCUUGAAUUUCUGCAAUACGUUUAUUAUAAAUUAGGACUUUUAAAAAAGUUGGCUGCUGGUAGCCCUAGUUGUGUUGGUGGUUAGAUUUACAUACCAAAGAUCUGAUUUGUUAUAAUGUAGCCAAAAAGAAUGAAUGGCUUAAAGUCAUUUCAUGAAUGUUAGCUUAAAUUCAGUGCAAUAUACUGAUAAUAUAUGUCUGAACAAAAGUAGAGUAAGGAAAUAUUUUGCCCCAUAAAGAAAUUUUAAAGAUAUAUUUUAUUCUACUAAAUAAUGGUAGCAAUUCAAUUGGUUGUUCUGCUAUAUGUAUUUAAUUUACUGAUGUUACUGUGUAGUGAAUGGUAUAAUAAUAAGAAAAAAACCAUAAUCUCCAAGGGCCUAAUUGGGAACCUUUGGUUUUGACUUCCAAAGGUCAGUAAGUUUUAUGUUCUUUCUCUUGUACACUUUCAAAGAAGGUGUCUUGAAAUUCCAGUUUCUUUAGGAAUAUGUUUGCAGAAAAUGUAUACCCAAAGUGUAUACAUGGGCUAUUAUCACAGAAAAGCAUUUUUACACAGUGGUAUUAUAAAAUGUUGAAACUUUCUUAGUGUCUAACUUACUCCUUUUUAAUAUCAACAUCCUAUGUGCACAAAAUAUUUUCAUGCCAUUGAGCCUGCAAACAGAGGCACGUUUCCAGAGGCGUGCUCAUACAAUUCAUUAAGGCAAAAGGAUAAAACAGAGUUCCAGGAAACAUAAAUACAUGUUGUGCAGUUGCACCUGCUGAAAGCAGAGAAAACUAAACAACACAGCAGACCAUUAAUCUUUGUUUGCUGUUACAGGCAAACUGAGAACUUCGACUUAUUUCUCCCCUAGCAAGCCAGAACGAUAAAUCAAGUACAUGAUUGCAAUAUGGCUGGGGAAAACAAGCAACAAUUCCCAGUCCAUACAUUAUAAUAAACAAUCAUAGAUAGAAGGGUGCAUAGUUUGUUCAGCCAAGUAAAAAUCAUCAAGCAAUCUGAACUCGAAACUUUCACAAUACGUCAAUACAGCCAUUAUAUUAAGAUUCUGGUUUUGUACAAUUUAAUGGAAAUGUAGCAGAAAGCAAGAAUCACUUCUGUUGUUUCAGACAUGAAAUCUAUCUAUUUGUUGUGACUAUUUCUCAGCUUCAUAUUUUUCAUAUGUUUCCAUAGCUCCACUAUGUAUUAAUAGUACAUAGUGUUAUUAGUAUCAGUUGAGGCUGUGAUUCUUAGGCACUCGUUGUGAAUUAUGAGGUGCUAAAUAAUAAAAAAGUUGGGCCGCUAGAGUUUUAACUUUUUAAGGUUUUGUCUUGAAAUAAUUAAUUAUCACAAUUAUGCUGAUGGAAGCUGCACACAAAUUCAUACUCAUAAGCAGCAGUAGUGCAAUAUAUCCUAUAUUUCUUAGUACAUGUUUGCAAACUAAUAAAUGGGCAUUUUGACUCAUAGAUUGCUGACAUUUAUGCCCAACAGCCUUCUUCUUCUAUUUCUCACUAUAUUUUAUUCUUCGGUACCUUUCACUGUGCAUUCUUUUCCAGUUGCUGGCACCCUCCAUGCAGGAGUAGAGGAGGCAUUUAUCUCUUUAUCUCAGAAUCAAAAGAUCAUUGUAAUAGAAUAUCAAGGAGCAGGUCUGCCUUGUUAAAUUCAAAUUCUAAGGAAGCACAUUUGUGCCAAUUUGAGAGGACAAGUGUCACAUUUCCAGAUAUGAGUGUUAAUUUUUCUAGAAAAGCACUUACAAGAUGAUGAGUAUAUUCAGUUUUUUGCUUUCAGUCGCUGUGAUAGGAUGCAUGUUUAGGACAUUAUUUAAGUUUCAACAUGAGCUUGCAGAGAAGGAGGUUUUGUAAAGUUUCUCUUCUUUACUGCCUGGUAACUGUUUUAAUCUUGUUUUUAAAUACACAGACCACAAGUGUAUUUGCAGAUUAGAAUUCUUUUAUGUGUCCAUGUUUGCAUGUACAGAACUUCUUUAAUGGCACUGGAUUAUUUAGUACAUGCUUUUAGACAAGAACACGGUUAACAUGUGGGGCCACUUCUAGAUUUAAAUAAUUGUGAUGGGGUUUUUUUCUUUUUUCUACUGGCUGUGCCACAUACUCCUUCACUUUAUACACACUCUCAAGCUGUUGACGAUCGCUGGCUCUCAUAGUUUUGCGGGUCUUGAACACCUUCCUUGGAGGAUUUUCAUUCCUUUCCAUUUUGACCUCGCUUUCCCAAAGCACACUCUCGAAGCGUAAUGUUAAAUAUUGGGAUGCGGUUUCUCAUUGUUCUUAACUCAAUCUCACUCCUAGUUAUAAUUUUGCAUUGAAAUUACUACAUCAAUUAUAUUCUUAUGCUAUAUAUUUAAAUGUUGUUUCUUUUAGUGAUAUGUUGCUUAAGUAUAUAUCCAUGCACUGCAUUGUGCUUUUAAUAAAUGGCAAUGGUUUCCACCGUCUAAUGAGAAUGUUAAUGAGAGAUGAUAUGUCAUGUAGAAGGGAGAUUAUUAAAGGAUUUCAUUUGUGUAAAUUGUCCUGGUUAUGGUUGCCAGCUGUCUUGUAACUGUAUCAAGGCCAGAGAAUAAUAUGGUAAAUAGAUUUAGAGUAUUUUGCCAGUUGCACUACAAUGUUUGACAACUAUCCUAUAUCAGGAACAAAAUCAUUCUCCAGUUCUGGUUCUAAUACUAAACUUGACUGUGAAUGUAGUUUUUGUUCUCCUAUUGCCUAGCUUAAAAAUUAGUUAUAUUUGUAUUAGUUAUUAUUUUUAUAGUGUUGAUUGCAUUUUAUUUCACCAAGCUGUAUAAGAGGGGAUUCAUUUUACCAGGGUAUAUUUAAAAGAAAUGAAACAGACUGAUAGUCCAACCUGUACAAACAUGGUUGGAAGCAAGUCUGGCUUUGGUUCAGUGGAAUGUACAUCCAAGUAUCUGUGCAUACAUAGGCUUGCAGCUUUAAUGUGCCGCUUGCAGUGUAGCACAAAUUUGUAAUGCUGUAACUAAUCAGAAUUUGGACAGUGAUGAUAGCCAUAUCUUGGUGUGAAUUUGUCACAGAAUUCUGUUAUGUUUUCUUCCUAUGAUAGAGGAAGGGCAACAAAAUAAAAAUUUGCAUUUAAAAGAA